AUGAGGAUUUCAGCUGAGUUAUCCUCCAAAGAAGGAAGUAUUCCCGUUUAUGGAAUCAAUAUCCUAAGAGCAUUCCCUAGCCUUGUAGGCGAGACCAACUUCCAAACACGGACGACGAAUUCUGAUAAGAAAGAUUUUGUGCCCCCAAACAAAGAUAAACGAACACAAAGGAAAUUAUGGAAAGAAAUAAACAAUAAAGCGAAGGAGUCUUCAGAGUUUCGGCUAGACAAGGAUAACGACAGCCCCGGGAAAAAAAUGCAACAUUUUAAUGCGAAUGCAGUGAGGUACUAUAUACCUUUUAUAAUAAACGCAGGGGACGACACAGAAGCCGAUGGUGGCGAAACGGUUGAUAUCAGGGGACUAACACGUCAAAGGGAAGAAAUGAUAAAGAAGAUUAUAGAGGCAAUGGCUGGCUUAAUAAGGGCAAAGACCAAGCAAACGACCCACUAA